AUGGCGAUGAUUCAACGCUUCUACGAUCCAAAAUCCGGAUCUGUGCUGAUUGGUCAAAGCGCAAGGCCUUUGACCGAGCUCAACAUCAGGUGGUGGCGCAAGCAAGUGGGUUUUGUGGGCCAAGAACCAAUUCUGUUUGAUGCCAGUGUUUUGGAUAAUGUCUUGUAUGGACUCGAAGACGGAGAAACUGCUUCUGCUGACCAUCUGGAGAAAUGUAAGAAGAUGGCGAAUUUGAAUUUCAUCGACAACCACAAGGCGCAAGGCUGGGAGACACAAGUCGGUCCUCGUGGAGCGCGUUUGUCUGGAGGACAAAAGCAGCGCGUGGCCAUUUGCCGCGCCUUGGUGCGGAAUCCACCCAUUUUGCUUCUGGAUGAAGCAACGAGUGCACUGGACUCCCAGAGCGAGCGUCUUGUACAGAGGGCCUUGGAGGCUGCAAAGCAAGAUCGAACCUCCAUUGCCAUUGCACAUCGCCUUUCCACCAUUGAAGAUUGUGAUGUGAUUCUGGUGGUGUCGGAGGGCCAAAUUGCUGAAGCCGGAACCCAUGCGCAACUCAUGGAGCGCAAGGGAGUCUACUACAAGCUCCAGAAGGGAAAGAAAGAGAAUUGA